CACGUGGUCCUACUUCCCGAGAGCCUCUAGCUCGCAUUUGUGUGCUGAGCGAAAAUACUAUUGGGGAAGUAAACACGACAAAAAAAAUGGCCUUCCAGAGGAGUGGGACCUAAUCUAUACAUUCAAACGAGAUAUGAAGACUUAAUGUAAACAAUUAGUGCUACGUUUUCUUGAUUACUUACAUUGUAGAUGGUAUCCAGUGAGCUGUAUCUGGCAGUGGAAGACGACUACUUGGCGAAUAAUAUGAAGGAGAUGAUUGGAGGCUGCUGCGUUUGCUCAGAUGAGAGAGGCUGGGCCGAAAAUCCUCUGGUUUAUUGUGACGGUCAUGGUUGUAACGUCGCUGUGCAUCAAGCGUGCUAUGGAAUUGUGCAAGUCCCUACGGGUCCUUGGUUCUGCAGGAAGUGUGAAUCCCAGGAGAGAGCUGCCAGGGUGAGGUGCGAGCUGUGUCCGCACAAAGACGGAGCCCUGAAACGCACGGACAAUGGAGGCUGGGCACACGUGGUCUGUGCUCUGUACAUCCCAGAGGUGGAGUUUGCCAACGUGUCCACCAUGGAGCCCAUCGUGCUGGCGUCCGUCCCCCACGAUCGCUACAACAAGACGUGCUACAUCUGCGAGGAGCAGGGCCGAGAGAGCAAAGCUGCCACUGGGGCCUGCAUGACCUGCAACAAACAUGGCUGCCGCCAGGCCUUCCACGUCACAUGUGCCCAGUUUGCUGGACUGCUGUGCGAAGAGCAGGGCUCUGACGCCGAUAACGUCAAGUACUGCGGCUACUGCAAGUACCAUUACAGCAAACUGAGGAGGAGCAGAGGCCGUGGUAGUAGGGCUCAAAGCUUAAGCGAUUCCUCCUCUCACUCUUUGGAUAAACACCAUGACCAGGACAAGAAGAAACACAAAGAACGAGACCGCCACAAACCAAAGCACAAGAAAUCUCUGGAGCUCUCCCCCUCACUUGUCCAGGGUCAUCUCAUGGUCACUUCUGAGAAGAGCUACAACAGUGGCAGCAGCAGUGCAGGUCCGGUGUCAUCCAUGUCGGGACCCGUGCAGAAGCGCAUGGAAGACAGCAGCGCCCGUUUCACCACCGCCAACUUCCAGGAAGUGUCCACCCACGCGGGGGCCGGGGGCAAGGAGGGCACAGGCACAGGCACGGGCAUGGGUACGGGCCCAGGGGCAGACGUGAAGGCUGCCGAAGGGAAGAACAAGAAGGCCAACAGCCACUGUCCCGCGCAGAGGGGGCGGAAGUCGGCGGCGGGGAAACCUCUCGUUGCCGUGGUGACCGCUCCCACGUCCUCGACGUCGUCCUGCAUCCAGUUCCAGCAGAGCCUCCUGCUGGGGAGCGGCAGCAUCAAGACCUCCUCCAGCGGUUCUGUGGUGCAGCCGGCGUCGGACUUCCAGAGCUUCUCGGAGGCUGGCCUGAGGGGGGGCGACUCGUACGCCUCGACGCCGUUCGGCCGCUGCCUGGCCAAGCCCCUGGGCGAGAGUGGCUCCUCGUCCUCGGAGGGGGCGGUCUUCGGCUCCAUGAUCGCGCUGCCGGCCUCCUCGUCCGGCACACUGGCCGGCGGCGGUAAGCACUACGAGAGCGCUACGCACGGCGCGUCGGGGGAGCUGGGCGCCCUGGCUGCAGCAGCUGCGUCGGCGGCAACGGUUGGCGCCGGCUACAAGCGUCCCCAGCCGUCCUCCUCCUCCUCCUCCUCGUCCGCGUCGUCGGCGUCGGCCGCCACAGCCUCCGCCGAAGACGGCGUCAAGGGCAAGAAGAAGCGCGGCAACUGGCGCAACCGCUACGGGCCCUGCUUCACCACCAACGCGCCGGACGCCAAGCUGCCCGACGGCCCCGAGCACAACGCCACCCCCGCCACACUGACCUCGCCGGCCACGUCCGCCACCCCUGCCGCACUCUCCACCAGCGCCAUGGCCGCCAGGGGCAGCAGCAACGGAAGCGCGGGAGGGGGCGGGGCAGGAGGAGGCGGCUUGGGCAUCGGGGAGAGCCUGGGCAUCCAGAAGUCCCCAUCUCUUCUCAGGAACGGAAGUUUACAGGGCCUAGGGGUCAACUCUGCGCCCGGCGCACCAGGUAGGUUCACUUAUCACACUUAUAUACACACACACACACGCACACACACGUGCAUCUGUCACACACACACACACGUGCAUCUGACCAGCACCACCAACACACACGCAAAUCCGUUAGCUGCCUCCUCCUUUAACCUGGCCCCGGCACACAUGUUUGGAAACCGCCUGAACCCCAACUCCACCAUGGCAGCUCUUAUCGCUCAGUCUGAGAGCACAGAGCCGGAGCUGGAAGAUGGUGGCCAUGGCUUCCCCAGAAGAGGAGCGUCACCCAAGGCAAACCUCUCGCCACGGUCUCCUCCGGGGAGUGGCCUGCACAUCCGCUAUGACCCGUCGUCAGGCUCGGUGGGUGCGGGUCCGGCUGACUCAGUGCUGCCCCCAGUGGCCACCAGCCUGCAGCAGCUGCUGGAGCGGCAGUGGAGCGACGGACAGCAGUUCC